AUUUAUUAUCUCAUUAGGUGUUAGUUCUUUUUUGUAAGUCGUUGAUAUUUUUACAAUGACCAGGCGAAAUAUUGAACUUAAAAAGAAACACGAAAUUAUACAUCAUCCUGUUACAGACUAUUCACUGUUUUUAUCAGAAUCAAAGGAAUAUUUUAGAAGAUAUACGUUAAUCCAUCUGAGUUAUAGUAGAAAGGAUGCACCAUUAGAAAAGAAACUCAAUCCAUUUGACUUCAAGUUUAUCAAGCCUAUUGGAAUGGGUACUUUUGGACUAGUUUAUCUCACUCAGCUGAAGUGUAAUGAAGAUUUUUAUGCCAUCAAAGUUCUCAGAAAGAAAACUAUCAUGGAUUCAAAAGCAAGAAUCUUUAUAAAUCGAUCCCGCCGAUACCUAGAAGGAAUAAACUUUCCCUUCUGCCAGAAAAUGCUUUGUUCUUUCCAAGAUACGGGGUUUCUGUUCCUGUGCCAAAAACUAAGGGUCGGAGGUGAUCUUUAUAGACAUUUAUGCAAGCAGAAAAGAAUUUAUGAGCCUUUAGCAGUAUUUUAUGCAGCUCAAAUGGUCCUUGCUCUAGAGUAUUUACACUUCGUCGGAAUUGUACAUAGAAACAUUAAGCUCGAGAAUAUUCUUAUCCAUGAUAAUGGCUACGUUAAGCUCACUGGUUUUACAUUUGCUAAGAAAAUUAGAGAUUCUGUAUCUUAUACCUUAUGUGGAACCACGGAAUACAUGGCUCCAGAAAUGAUACAGCAAAAAGGUCACAACAGGUCGAUUGAUUGGUGGUCUUUAGGUGUGUUAAUUUACGAGAUGGUGGCAGGGUUCUCGCCUUUUGGGGCAGAUGACACCUUUAAAACUUACGAAAAUAUUAUAAAAGGAAAAUAUGCAGUUUGUGCUCAUUUUUCUCUUGGUCUGGAAGAAUUGUUGCUUGGCUUACUUAAAAUAGAACCAUACGAGCGUCUAGGAAUGAUGCGCGAAGGAGUUCAGGAAGUGAAGGAUGCGCGAUGGUUUCAGGAUAUAGAUUGGUUGCGCCUUGUAAACCAACAACUCCAUGCACCCUUCAUUCCUAAAUGUAAAAGUAUUGAUUCAAACUUCCCAGAACUGGAAAUAGUCAAGAUAAUUCCUCCAAAAGACGAUCUUGGUCAAGCACUUUUUAGAGGAUUUUGAUUUUGAACCUUCUUGUGAAUACAAAAUGAAUAUAAAAAAGUUACGAAAAUAUAUUAUGUAUAACUCUGCGAAUGAAAAUGUGUCAGAAAAUUAACUUCUAUUAAAGUUUAAUCAAUUAAUCUAUUUCAUCUUCGAUAUUUUGUUGUUAGUCUAAGUAGACAGGAUAAAAUUUGGAAACCUAAUGUGUUCUAUAACUAUAACUAUAACCUCUAUAUAAAGCUUGAAAAGAAAACCGUGUUUAUGACAGUUAACUAUUGAGAAAAGAAAAAGUUUGAAGUUCGACAUACUGAAGAUUUGGAGUUUUGGAAGAACUUAAAACCAAUUCGUUGACUGUUAUUUCUACCUAAUAAAUAUUG